GUAUGUCAGCACUACCGGCAACUGUGCGGGCUCUCUUCCGGGCUCUAAAGCCAGGCUGCGAGCGUGCAUUUACAUCUGUGCUCUUAAAUUAAGAACAUGAGCGUCCCGGCGUUUAUCGACAUAACAGAGGAGGACCAGGCCUUAGAGCUCAGAGCCUAUUUGAAAUCUAAAGGAGCUGAGAUCUCAGAAGAGAAUUCAGAAGGAGGUCUGCACGUCGAUCUGGCACAGAUCAUUGAAGCUUGUGAUGUCUGUCUCAAAGACGAUGACAAAGAUGUUGAGAGUGUGAUGAACAGCAUUGUGUCCCUGUUGCUGAUUCUGGAGACAGAGAAACAGGAGGCUCUCAUUGAGAGUUUAUGUGAGAAGCUGGUGAAGUUCCGUGAGGGUGAACGCCCCUCACUCAGGAUGCAGCUCUUGAGCAACCUGUUCCACGGUAUGGAUGAGAACACACCAGUGAGGUACACAGUCUACUGCAGUCUGAUUAAGGUGGCAGUCACCUGUAAUGCCAUUGCAUUCAUGCCUACGGACCUGGAUCAGGUACGCAAGUGGAUCACAGACUGGAAUCUGAACACAGAGAAGAAGCACACUCUACUCAGGCUGGUGUAUGAGGCGCUGGUCGACUGCAAGAAGAGUGAGGCUGCAGCCAAGGUAAUGGUGGAGUUACUGGGCAGUUAUACAGAGGACAAUGCGUCACAAGCCAGAGUGGAUGCACACAGGUGCAUCGUCCGGGCCCUGAAAGACCCAAACACCUUUCUGUUUGACCAUCUCCUGGCUUUAAAACCAGUCCGUUUCCUGGAGGGAGAGCUCAUCCAUGUCCUCCUGACCAUCUUUGUUAGUGCAAAGCUUGCAGCAUAUGUCAAAUUCUACCAGAGCAACAAAGAUUUCAUUGAGUCUCUCGAUUUAGCGCACGAGCAGAACAUGGCCAAAAUGAGGCUGUUGACGUUCAUGGGCAUGGCGGUGGAGAUGAAGGAAAUCUCUUUUGACACCAUGCAGCAGGAGCUACAGAUCGGUGCUGAUGAUGUGGAGCCCUUCGUCAUUGAUGCUGUUCGGACCAAAAUGGUGUAUUGCAAGAUUGACCAGACACAGCGGAAGGUUGUAGUGAGUCACAGCACACAUCGCACCUUUGGCAAACAGCAGUGGCAGCAGCUGUAUGACACACUGAGCUCCUGGAAACAGAAUCUGGUCACCGUAAAGAGCAGCCUGCAGACACUCUCUCCCACUGCCUGACACCGCUGCGUCCGUUCCAGUUUUAUAUAAAUACAAUAAAAGACUAACAAAGACCAUC